AUGAAAACAUCUGAUACAUUAAUUAUUAAUAAUGAUCGUUUUAAAUUGGAAAUUCGUAGAAAUUUAUAUAAACCAAAUGAAAAACUUUUUCAUAUCGAUGGAAUUUUUCAUCUUGAUGAUAGAACAUAUAGUGGAAUUGAAACAUUACCACCAACAUUUGAUAUAGAAAAUAAAAUUCAUAUUGUUAUUGAUACUGAUAAAUUACUUGCUGAUAUUCCACGUCCAUUUGCUUUUGAUGUUUUAUCUGAUCUUGAUUUUGAAUUACUUAAUAAAAUUAAUUAUAAAUUUCAAUAUGAUCGUCAUCGUCGUCAACGUUCAGCUUCAUUUACAUAUAAUGGUCAAGUUGAUCAAGUAAUUAAUAAUCAUUUAUUUUUUGGUAAAAGUACAUCAGAAUUACCAUGGGAUAAUAAACAAAAAAAAAACGCAACAUCAAAAGGAAAUUUUAUUAUUUGUACGAAAUGA